CGGGAAGCAGACGGGCGGCGGUUCCGCUGCGCGGCGGCGCGGCCUGCCCGGGGGCCGUCCCGCCGCGGCAUGAGCCCGCCCUGAGAUGGCGGCGCCGUGCCGGACGCGGACCCUGCAGGUGGUGGACACGGAGUUCAGCGCGGACGCGGUGGAGUGGUGCCCGGUGGAGGGCUGGCACAGCAUCCUGGCCUGCGGCACCUACCACCUCCGCCCGCCCGCCGCGACUGACUCCCGUGGAAGCAAUGGGGCCUGUGACCGGACCGGGCGGCUCUACCUGUAUCACUACAACGAGGAGCAGCCAUACAUCCCGCUGACAGAAAUCCAAAGGAUUGACACCGCCGCCAUCCUGGACAUCAAAUGGUGCCACGUUCCUGUUGCGGAACAUCCCAUGGUUGGCAUUGCAAACUCAACAGGCGCUGUGGAGUUUUGCCACCUGACUGGAAGUGAGAAGAACAGCUGCAUGUUGGAGCCAUGCUUCAGGGUCGAUCUUGGUGCGCAGCGUCUGGCCUUGUCUCUAGACUGGUCCACAGGACGAGAGCAAUGUGGUUGUCCUUUGAGAGUAAUCAGCAGUGAUUCAGAGGGGAAGCUGAAUCUUUUCUCCAUAGAUGAAUCUGCUCCUUCUGUGCAUGUCCUGAACCAGUGGGAAGCUCACAAAUUUGAGGCCUGGAUUGCUGCUUUUAAUUACUGGGACACCGAUAUUGUGUAUUCAGGAGGAGAUGACAGCCUGCUGAAGGGCUGGGACACCAGGUGCAGUCCAGAGACUCCUGUCUUCACCAGCAAGAGGCACUCAAUGGGCGUGUGCAGCAUUCAGUGCAGUCCGCACCGUGAGAAUCUUCUGGCUACUGGCAGCUAUGACGAGCACGUGCUGUUGUGGGACACCAGGAACAUGAAGCGGCCGCUGGCAGACACCCACGUUGAAGGUGGAGUUUGGAGGUUGAAGUGGCACCCAACCUGUGAUUUUGUGCUGCUGGCAGCCUGCAUGCAGAGCGGAUUCAAAAUCCUCGACUGCCGCGGAAGCAUGGCGGAAAACAUGGAGGAAUGCAUCAUCCUCUCAUCCUACGUCUUGCACAAUUCCUUGGCCUACGGGGCUGACUGGUCGAGGCUCUGUCCGAGGGAUUCCUUGCCUGCUACACAGGACUCAGCUGCUGUAUGCCAGUCUUCAGAGGAGCUUGUGGGAAGAUCAGGGGAAGGAGAUGAGAGACUGAAUUUGCGGGUCCAAAACCUGAAGAUAAUUUAUGAGUCUCCUACAGCUACUUUUGAUGUAAUAUUGGAUGAGGAGAGUGAAGGCCCUGCCUUACCACUCAAAGCAGAGGGAGGUCCUAAGGUCUCAGGGGAUCCUGAGCUGGUUAGGGGCCCUGAUUUAAAGGGGAGUUUAGAUUUGGCUGGGGGUCCUGACCAAGGGGAAGAUCCCAAGUCAGCCAGCAGUUCCGAAUCAGGAGCUAAGAGACCCAACGGAACGGGCCUGGACAGGAGCGGUGAUUCAGCCAGGUCACUAGACAGCCCGAAAGCAAUGAGCAUUGUAGCAACUUGUUCUUUCUAUGACAACAUCCUCCAUGUCUGGAAGUGGGAGAUGAGCCUGGUGACCCCGUUGGGGACACCCAGUACUAGGUCUCCCUCUGAAAGAACAGUUGAAAGUUUGCAUUGACCAGUCCCAAGGGAGAGAGGUAGGAAAACUCCUGUACUGAGAGUGACAUCUGAGCUUAUGCUCUAAUUUCUGUUGGGCUUCUCCAGUUUUAUUGUUGAGUUUGUGAGUCUUCUAAGGCCAAUACUGAUGGACUUACUGGUGUUUUAUUUUCAGCACUGAGGAAAGCCUUUGCUUUGAGGCAUGUGGUCAAGCACAGACACAUUUAUUUAGUUUUCCCCUAAUAUACUAGUUGAAAGUAGGACAGUGUUCCUCUCAAAGGCUGCUUGUUUGUACCUUAGAUUUGAAUCCCUUCAAGCCUGGUUUGCAUUUGUGUGAUCUGUUAAGCCCGUCUCCUCCUUCCAUCACAAGCCAAACUUGUCUGCGCUGCUACGUGUAGACAAACACAGUAUGUGAUGAGAGGUUUUCCUGAAUGUCUCAGAAAAGCCUGUGAGUAGAGGCUUAGCUGUGUGUGUAGCUUGCUGUGUGAUCUGUAAACUAGUAGGUACUUUGAGAAGACACUCAAAGAAAGUCCAGAUACUGACAGUGCAGUGUGCUUAUAGUGAUCUUUAGUAGAGAGAAAUUAUUUUUCAGAAGGAAAUCCAGACUGACCGGUAUGAGAGACAGCAGUUCAGUGACAGGAAGCUUUGUUCUGAGCAGGGCCUUUCUUGGAAGGAUUCUGGUGUAUCUGCACAGCCUAAUUUUACAUCAGACUCAUUACCUGGUUGCAAUCUCACUUUUAUCACUCUCCAAGCUAAGCACAACCUGCUUCAGCGUAAAUGGUGUAGCGAGCCCCGCUAUGUUUCAGUGCCACACUAAACCAACCCCCCCUAGCCUCUUGGUAUCGAACUCACGUUUUCUACUCUCCACAGCGAGACAUAGAUUUAGGUCCAAAGUCAGGAUCUUUCAGUUUUGUAAAGGUGAACAGCUUUAAGAUCAAAACCUCCAAAAAGUACAGGCAAUGUUUCCUGACAUCUUUUAAGUUCAAAAUAAGUACGUACAGAAACCAAAAUCUUAACAACAUUGCCCUAACUACCUCCAGGAAUGGCUGCAGAAUUUCUCAUGGUUGCUCCAUUAGCUUUCUUUUUUCACUGUGAAAUAUCAGCAAAACACCGUUUCUGGAACACUUUCUUUGUUAUCUUCCUAGAAACAAAAAACCAGCUUAAACUAGGUAAGUAACCUCUAGCUUGUAUAGUUUCUCUUUGAGGGUCCUAAACAAUUAGUUGUCUGGAGGGAAAGAAACACCAGCAACAGGUAUCUAUCUGUAACAGUGCUGCGUCUAAAACGAGGUACAGCAGAUAAGAAUUUUACUGCUUCAAAACUCCUUUUUCAAGGGUGAAUGUGUAUUUUAGAAAACAUUCUUGAGCACUGUUACAUGAAGAUUCAUAUUAGUAUUGUGAACAAGAGCUUUUGUUAAAAAAAAAAAAACCAACACCCUAUUUUUGGAUGUUUCUAAAAUAAAAUCAAUAUAAGUGAUUAAUCCUUGGUC